UAAGAGUAGAGCGAGCUCUCUUCGUUGGCUUGCAGAACGCUUCCUUACCAACCUCGAUCCUUCGUUAACGGCAGAGGCCGAGUACCGUCCAUCUAUCGACUGUCGAAAAGAUGAGGGAAUUAUUUUAUCAGGGGAAAAUAAAAAAACUUUUCUUUUUUCUAAAAGAAAAAGGUUGGACAGCACGUUCGAUUCCCCGUUUCAUCGUUACGUAGGCUAAAUCCCCCAAGAGUAAUCCUCACCUCUUCUCUUUGGUUUCUGAUUUCAGCAUUAUUGAGACAAAGCAUGUCUCCGGUUGCGGACACCUUGAUCGGUAGCUCGAAAAGCUCCGUGUCACAACCAAUAAUCGAUUACUCCCGAUACGUGAGGCGGUACACGUCGGGUCAAGAAUGCGGUAGCUCGUAUUGUAAGGAGCUCGGUUGCCGAGAGCAUUUUCACUGUCUGGAUUGCAGUGGUAGGGUCUUUGUGAAAAAGGAGGAAAUGAUCAGGCAUUUCAAGUGGCACAAAAAGAGGGACGAAUCUUUGCAGCACGGCUUCAUGAGGUAUUCGCCGACGGAUGAUUGCUCGGAGAGACAUCCGGGCCGUGCCUGCCCCCACAAUAGAAAACAGACGCACUACCACUGUAUCCACGAGAAUUGCGAUAAAGUUUACAUAUCGACGUCGGACGUGCAGAUGCACGCCAAUUACCAUCGCAAGGAUUCGGCUAUCAUACAAGAGGGUUUCCAGAGAUUUCGAGCUACCGAGAGCUGUGCUACCGAUCACUGUCCCUUCGUUGGCCAGCGGACCACGCACUUCCAUUGCCGGCGACCAGGUUGCCGGUUCACCUUCAAGAACAAGGCUGACAUGGACAAGCACAAAUCGUACCACAUCAAAGACGAGCAAUUGUCCCGCGAUGGGUUCAAGAAAUUCAUGAAGUCCGAGGCAUGCCCAUUCGAGCAAUGCCGUUUCUCGCGCGUGUGCAAUCACAUACACUGCAUACGACCGCACUGUAGCUACGUUCUUCACUCGUCGGGCCAAUUGUUCUCCCAUAAACGAAAACACGAGCGCCACGAGACCGAGUUGGCCUACAGAAAGUACAAGCAGAUCAACGCGGUUGGCGGUAUCCGGCCGCCAGGCUCCUGGCCACCGGACGAUCUCACCACGCAAAGCCUCUCCCUCAGCCUAAACGGCGAAAGUUCGAACGAGGACAGAGGCUCCCCCUCCUACUAUUCCCUCGACGAUUCGUUUCAGAGCGGUAGCGAUCUAGCGAUAGAUCUCACCGCGCCUACGACCACGGUCACCACGGCCAGUGGAAGUUCCACGGUAACCGUGGACCAACAGCAACAGCAACAGAGUCAGCAACAGCUUACCGCCAUGGAAUUGGCGUAUCUGGUGCCGGGUAACGCCGAUUGCCCCUGCCACCUGGGCAGGGAGCAUCAUCAUUGCGGAUUGGACCGUUGCGGCGCACCUCUCAAGGAUCCUCGCGAGGUCAGGGAGCAUUUGAAGGAGCACGAGACCCAAGAGCGCAUCACGGACGCCUUCUUCGAGGAGGGCGGAUGCGACGACAGUUGCCCGUACGCCGACAAGGAGAAGCAUUAUCACUGCAACUGGGAGAAUUGCCGAGAGGUGAUCCUCUCCACGGACAAACCGUUCCGUAGGCUUCAACAUUACAAGAUCCACGAGUACAGCCGACAGUUGAACCUCUCCUGCUCCUCCCACGCCUUGUCCUCGGACGUGACGCUGACCCAUCUGACCAACAUCGACGCCAUGUUCAGGCGGAAGAGGGGCAGGCCACCGAAGCUCGCGUCCAAUCCUAUGGCCGAGGAUCGCGAGGGGAGCGUCUCGCCCUCGAACAGCCUCGGCGAGCCCGAGGGAUUCUCCACCUAUAAUCCCGACGGAUGUCCAGAUCCGGCUUGCGUGUUGAGAUCUACCAGACACCACCAUUGUUCCCAGCUUAGGUGUCACUUCUCCACGGACAGGCCCGACCAAUUACUGAUGCACAGCAAAGACUUUCACGAUAACGUCGACAUACCGCCAGGCUUCGCCUUCUUCGAUAAGAUGGUAGAUUGCCGGCUGGUCGGUUGUCACAGUAAUCGCGUUAAUCGCCAUUUCCAUUGCACCAGGCCGAACUGCGGCUACUCGUUCGUCAGAUACUCGACCAUGGCGAUGCACGAGAAACAGCACGGCAAUAGCCACGGUGGUAACGACAGUCGGUCGAACGUCGUCGAAACGUCGUCCAACCAAGAGUGUCAGACCCACGCCCAACCGAUGGUCCAGGAUACGACCAAGCCUAGGAUUCAAGUGAAGAAUCCGGCCGAGCUGAUCGAAAAACCCGAAGAAUGUAUGGCGAGUGGUGGUGGUGGUGGUAGUGGUGGUGGUGGUGGUGAUAUGGAGAAUAGAUCGAUGAUGGACGAGAAGGAAUCGGAGAUUCCGAGCCCGGAUGUCAACAAGACGACCGUGGUGAGGGCGGCAGGCACCUAUUAUCCGGUUAGUGGACCGCCGAAAUCCCCCGUUCUUCCAUCGACCAGCUCGGCCUCGCCCCACACCCUCUACGGACCGGAGCAGAGCUGUAGCAGGCCGUUCUGCAAGUUGAAACGUAAAAACCAUUACCAUUGUAACGCCUGCAAUCAAGCUUUCUCCGAAUUGGAUCGACUGGUGGCCCACAUAGCGAAACAUUCGACAGGUGCCAUCCUCAGUCAGCAGCAGCACGAGCUUGCCACUGGUCAACCCCCUAAUCAACUGCAACACGACUACUUGGCCCAAUUGUCGCAGAAGCACGACUUCAUGGCGCAGAACGCCCAGAUGGCGCAGAACAUACAGAAUUUCCAGAAUCAGAUGCAACGUCAGAUGCAGCAGACCCUCGGCCAGAUGAGCCAGCAGACCCAGGUGGUGAAGGAGGUGGUGAAGAUCGAGCCGGCUAGGUGCGGCUCGGACGUCGGCGUCCAAAACGUUCCCAGCGUGAAGAGGGAGCCCGGUGAAAUUUCGCGGGGGGACGAGGGGGGGAACAAUUCGGUGAUGGACAGCAACGAGAACGGUCAACUGUCCCAGCCGAGCAUGCCACCCAGUGUUCAACAAUCCCCGGUUCCGGCCAGCUUCGAGCUUGACCUUAGCCACGGAUUCCAUUUCCCAAGCCCGGCAGUGAUGGCAGCCAUGAAUCAACAGAGGCCAGGCUUGAUGUUCGCGCCUGGUCUACCGCCAGCCAAUUUUCUACCUCCCGCAAGAGACGAGAACCCGUUGGCCUCGCUCGCGGCCAAUCUCAACUUGAACAAGCGAUCCUUGUCCCCGCCCGACAGCAAUUCUCCAGAGGCGAAGAAGCAGAGGCUUCAUCACUCCAUGCGGAUGCUCAAGGACGAACCGGUGCCGGAAGGAUACGUUAGGUUCAGAUUCAACGAGGAUUGCAGGUAUCCCCACUGCGGUUACAGGGAACACCAAACGCAUUUCCACUGCAUGCGUCAAGACUGCGGGUACUCGUUCUGCGACAAAACUCGUUUCGUCCAACACACGGCGAGACACGAGCGUCUCGACACCCUGAUGGGUGGCGAUUUCCAACAGUACAGAGCGAACGUGCCGUGUGGGAGGGCACAGUGCGCGUACACGUCUUCGUUGGGCUCGAUGCAGAACAAGGCGUCCCACUUCCAUUGCCUCAAGUGCGACUUCGUUUGCACGGACACGAACAAAGUGGUCGCCCACAGGCGGCAACACGCGAAAUUGGACAGUAUAGCGGCGGCAGGCUUUCAAAAGUUCACGCCGAGUCAACCUUGCGGUGGUGUACAGUGCCAGCAUUCCGGCAAACAGACUCACUAUCAUUGUCUUCAGUGCCAGUACGCCGUCCUCGGCCUAGCGCAGAUGUCCGCUCACAAGUAUCGCCACAUGGACACAUAACGCGACUGUCCACGUUCGAACUGCCAUUAAGUUGGAAGGAGAAGAAAGGAAACCGAAGAAAGACAAUUUCUCUUAGGUCCCCUUAGACAUUCCUUGAAUGCGGUGGAUGGAGACGGCCCGGAAUCGAAGGGAGGGCGAAGUAAGGAAGCAGCGGGGGGGAGUUGGAUCCGUUGGAUCCAAGACCAAUUUCGGAUCAAUCGCCGAUCGAAUCUGAAUUAUGAUAAAGAGGACUGAGGAAGAAAAAGAAGA